GAAUUGUCUAUGGUUACAUGGCCGAAUUUCAUUCAUUUGAAGCUUCCUUUUUCUGUUUUAUAAAUUAUAUUUAUGUACGGGCGGUCACCGUCAAAGUUUUCCGUAUAAAUUACUAAAUGAAGGUGCUAUAGGUUUCGGUUUUAUGAAAGAGCUGUAGGUUAUAAAUUGAAAUAAUGAUCUUACUCGAGAUCAAUAAUAGAAUUAUAGAAGAAACUCUUACUGUAAAAUAUAAAAAUGCACUGGCACGCUUAAAGCCAGAGUCUAUAGAUGUGACUGUAGCAGAUUUUGAUGGCGUGCUGUUUCAUAUAUCCAAUGUCAAUGGCGAUAAAACCAAAGUUAGGGUUAGUAUAUCAUUGAAAUUUUACAAGCAAUUAGAAGAACAUGGAGCUGAUGAACUACUAAAAAGGGUGUAUGGACCCCUCCUCACAGAGCCUGAGUCAGGCUACAACGUGUCAGUGGUGCUGGACCUGGAGGCGAUCCCGGCGGACUGGGAGGCCACGGUGAAGGCGGUGGGGCUGCUGAAGCGGAACUGCUUCGCGUCCGUGUUCGAGCGGUACUUCCGUCUGCAGCAGGACGGCGAGGUGGGCCACCAGCGAGCCGUCAUCAACUACCGCCAAGAUGAGACCUUAUACGUGGAGGCGCAGGAGGACCGCGUGACGGUGGUGUUCUCGACGGUGUUCCGGCACGAGGAUGACGUGGUCAUCGGCAAGGUGUUCAUGCAGGAGCUCAAGGAGGGCCGGAGAGCCUCGCACACUGCGCCGCAGGUACUAUUUUCACAUAAGGAACCGCCGCUAGAGUUGAUGGACACCGAUGCGAAAGUAGGAGAAAAUAUCAGUUAUGUUACAUUUGUCCUGUUCCCGCGCCACACGUGCCUGGAGGCGCGCGACAACACGAUCGACCUGCUGCACAUGUUCCGCGACUACCUGCACUACCACAUCAAGUGCUCCAAGGUGUACGUGCACUCGCGCAUGCGCAGCAAGGCCGGCGAGCUGCUCAAGGUGCUGAACCGCGCGCGCCCGCAGCCGCAGCGCCCCACUGAGCGGAAGACCAUCUCGGGGAGAACAUUUGUGAGACGGGAUUGAGUGUUGCCGGCCGCGGAGGCGUAGGCGCGGCCGCCGCGACAGAACAACACAAGUUAACACCAACUACUUACUACCCAUAUACAGUACCGACUCCUUGGCCUCGGGCGCAGUCUGUCACACUUCACUGCCAAUGCAAUGUUGCCGGGAUCUUUUAGCACGUAGGACACUGUAACAGGUGCCGAUGGGAUAUUGUCCAAACUGGGCAGUUUUCCUUUACACCUGUAGAGCCUUCCAUAGGUAACAGAUAUGCCAAAAGAUUCUCGCCUAAUUGUACUCUUUUAAUUAUUACACUCAGCAUAUUGUGAGUAGUAAGCUAUGUAGUGUGUGGCAAAUGUUACGUUUGUCGAUAACAAUUUAUUCAAUGGCUGAAUGCUUUUGAUAUGCCAAGUGUAUAAUUUGAAUUUUUACUCAAUGCGAUUAUUCAUACAUAAAUAAUGAGUGCGCUACUUCCUUCACCGACAGUGAGCACAGACUGGGCCCGAGUUCAUUUAUUAUUUAUAGCACCAAGAGCCUGUUUCAAUACUUGUUGAUAAAUUUUAUCAGGAUAAUUUUAUGUAAUUUUAUUGAAAGGACAGGUUUAUUUUACCAACAAGCAAAGAAAUAUGCUUUUAUCUUCCACCCUUCUCCGAAUCCUCAUAAUGGGAAUAACAGUAUAGUUAUGAUGAUUGGGACGAAUUUACACAAUGUGCGUAUUUCUAACCUGUACCAACAAACCCAAUCAUAAUAAAAUUGUCACAAACAUAAUUCCAAUUUAUUUUCAGAAAAUAAUAAGUACAUAUGUUUGUACUACUAUUACUUCUUAUAAUUGGUCAAAACUAAAUUGUUGCCAAAUACACGUGAACUGCUCAGUAGGAAAUGUGCACAUUGUACUACUGUACAAAUCAGACUAGUACUUGAGUUAAAACUUUGACACUUGAGCUUAGUGUAAAGUCAAUCGAUAAUAAUGUUGCAGUAGUAUUUGUUGAUAACAAAAUUAUGCUUGACAGUACGAGAGUUUUAUCUAGCGGUGGCAUUGUAAUACAUAUUUGAAAUGGGUUCCUAACAGUAAAUAGUGUACCCAAGUUAUACAAAAUGUUUAGCGUCCUAUGAAUGCUAACUUUUCUCUUUAGCUUAGCGUAAUUUUGUUGACAUUUGAAGUACGGAUCCUCAGUUAGCGUAAAUGUAUAAAUCAUAGCCUAUACUUGCGUUCGUUCGGUUAGCAUUUGUAUAAAAUUGUAUAUCUAUCUGGAUGUUUGCAGGUAUUUUGCACAAACUUAUAUAAAUUGUCAAAGUCCUAAUUUAAAACUAUUACUCCUGUAUCUAGGUUCAUAGAUUCACUAUGCAAUAUACGAACAAUAAUUUAUAAAAGUUACUCUUACGUUUCUAGGUAGGUCCGAUGCAAUUAUAUUAUGUAAGUAAAAGUGUAUAGUAUUUCUGAAUAGUUUCUUCCAUAUGAGACGAGCAGAGCAUUAAAUUAUAAUGGCCUUAUUUAAGAGAUAUUGGUUUCAGUUUGUACCGAGAGCGCUCUGUUCAGUGCCGCCACUGCUGAUGGUCGCGCCAACAAAAUGUAGCCGCAUUAUUGUAGACAGUGGUUUACUUUUGUUGUAUGUUGAUAGUACAAUGUACAGUGUAGACGCAGUGCGGGCAGGCCGCGCCUCGGUUAGAUAGACUCGCUAGUGUAGCCGCCGGUCCCGUAUACAAGACGUACCCAACAAUAAAUCACACCCUUGAAAUUCCCAUCUUUGCAUUUAUUUUUAGAUAUUGUUUAGGGGAAGAGGUAUUAUAAAUUAUAUACAGAAUGUAUUAUCCAAAUAUAAUUAAAGAAGUAUAUUUUUUAAUUUUUCAUUGUUUAAAAUAAUACGUUGUUAGACAUGAACAGCACAAUAAAGCUUGUUUUCGUUAAUGUUUUGCUCAAAGCUUCAUGAUCAGCAAGAGACAGGAGUACGCGUGUGAGAGACCGCAGUGUCCCGCCAUAUCUACCGCCGACACGUCACAGUGAAUGGCUCGUCUGAAGGUAUUUAUUGCGCCUAGUUUAUAAGGUUUCUUUUCGUUGAGAUUGUGUCUAAAGUAUUGAAGAAUCGAGUCAUGGACUGAGACUUUAGGCUAAUAAAUUUAUCAUUUAAAUUGGUCGCGAUUUGGAAGUCUACGGAUUUAAAUAGUAAUUACUAAGUCAUACGCGUAAAGGAAAUUAUUGAUAAAGCGACAUUUUACUAAUUUGACAAGUUCACGAAGCAACAUAAUGUCUCUAGCGUUGGAUAGAAGAAACGUACCUAAUUAAUUCAAAACAUGUAGAAAAAUUUUGACUAAUAAAUUUUGUAGCUAACUUGAAUUUUAUGUAAUUUUUAUUUGCAAGAUGUAUUAUUUAUGUAUAUUAUAAAAGUGUAUGUUAAAUGUUGCUUUAAAGUUAUUGCUUUCAAAUGAUCAUUGUUUUUUUACAAUCAGUUUUAAUGUCGACUGUGUAAACUGAGCAAAUGCAAAAGUUAUUUGUGAAUAUGUAAUUAUUCUUGUGAUUUAAAAUCCGUUUUAUUGUAUUAUUAUUUUCUAGAUUAAAGAAUACAUCUUACUGCAUUAUGA